AUGGCAAGCGAAGAUGUGAUAGAAUUAGGUUCUUCAGAUGAUGAUACUGAACCAGCGCCAAAGAAAGCAAAAACUCGACCGAAUGCCAUGGUUCACAUACCAAAUAAUCUUUGUGGAAUAACUAUAAAACCCGCAAAGCCGUCUAAUAGUGCUCUCCCACUGUCGUUAGUGGGUAGGUCAAUUACAGUUACUAAAAUCCCUAAAGAUGUUAAUCCAGUUUCAAUGAAAUUAAAGAAUAAUGGAUGUGCUAUUCAGAAGAAUAAUUCAGUUUCACCAAGACCAGUUGUUAGACAGUAUAUCAGACAAUCACCAAAAAGUAAGAUGACAGGGUGCCGAAUUCCAGUCAAUUUGGUCAACAUGAAUAAUGCAAGAAUAGGGAAUGUUCCACAGCAGUAUAAUAAAAAUCUUGUACCGAAUCCAAUUUUGAUACAGAAUGCGAAACCAAAGGGAUUGUUACCAGCUUCCAUAACUGUUAAAAAAAUGAAUACCAUGAAACUAGCCACCCCACAUAUAACUAACCCAAAUAUGAAGAAGAAAUUAAUAAAAAUAUCACCAAAAAUACCAAUAGCUAAUACAACAGUGGAACUUGAUGAUGAUGAUGGUGCUUCUCCAGGCCCUGGACCUGCUCGUCAGUGGUACCUGAGACCCGAAGAGCCGACUCAAUUUGAAAAUGAUAUAGGGAAUGAUGCCUCGGAAAUUGAGAAACAAAAUAAUGCAGAGCCUACUCCAUCUGAUAUGGUCGAGAUAACUAUACAAGACAGUCCUGUUCAGUCUGCAAGAAAGAGGGCAUUUGAAGUUGGAGCUGAGUUUGCUAUAACUAUUGAUGAUAGUCCUAGUAAACCACCAGCCGAUAGCAAAACACAAGAUAAUGGUAGUGAUAUUGAAGAUAAUGUACAAAAAAAGGAAUCAAGUAGAAAAAAAAAAUUAGAGUAUCCUUUGGAAGUGAGCAAAAGGCAGUCAAUAGAAAUUGAAAUAUUACCAUUUGAAAGUGUACCAGGAAAUAAAAGUAAUGAUGAAGAUACAGGAAACAAACACAAUACUGGUACUCAACACAAUGAGGUUAUUGAAAUAGAAGAGUCUCCAGCAAAGUCUCAUGACCUGCAAGCAAGCACACCAAAGAAAAAGAUUCCAUUGGUAGUAGCACUUAAAAAUAAAACAUUUGAUGAUCAAGAGAAUGAAGUAAAAGAAAAUAAUGAAUUUCAUCCAGUAUAUCAGGAGUUUAUAGCAUUAUGUUUCAAAUUGGAACAUUCUGAUGAUAUGGAGAAAAUAGUUGAAAAAAAGAUUAAAGCCUAUUACAGACAAGUAGACAAAACUUAUACUGAAUCAGAAGAUUUCAUAGAAAUGGUAGCAAGUAAAAUUAUUUCAAUGAAGGCAAGCCCUGAGAAAAUGUAUUUGUACAUAAAAGAUAUUGUUGAUGAACUAAAUUAUAAAAGAAAAAUGACAAAAUCAGUUAUUGUCACAGAAGAUUCAACUAAAAGUAGAGAUGAAGAAAACUUUUUAUAUGGUGAAAAUAGUGAAUUUGAUUCAAAACGACAGAGACAGAUACGUAAACUUGAAAAAACCCUCAAGAAGUUGCACCGAGCCAUACAAAAACUUGAAGAACAGGAGGUUGAUUUUGAUGAUGAUGAAGAUUCUGUUUAUUUGUUAACUGAAAGGUACAAGGAAAGAAUGGUUCGAGUUCAUGCAAAGUUUUGUCAGCUGACCAACACAAAGAUGCCUUCAGAGCCUCGCUUACAGAUCGAACCUCGACCUGGUCAUCCUAAAGGACCAGCCAAAAAAUUAGAGAAAUGGAUAAACAAAAAAAUUCCAAUAGGCACACCAUUACCUUUCCCAGACUUCCACGAUGUACUGAGGUGUGUGAGAGAAGCUAACGAAGAAGAUGAUCUCAGGUGGAAUGAGGUUGAUAUUAUGGAAGAAGCUCGAGAUCUAUUCACAAGAUGUGGCAAAAAAUUACAGAGACGUAGACAAGAAAAUGAAUGGAGGUUAGCAGCAUCAAGACUAGCUGUGGAUCUCGACCCUGCCGAAAAUAGCACUGACCUUAAAACUAAGUUAGAACAUAAUAAAGUAUUAGCGAGCAAGAAAGAGACAGAUGUUUUUAACAAGUAUGCCGAUAAACAAAAUCAACUUAAGCUAGAAGCAGAAGAGAUAGGUGACAAGGAAGCUGAAGAGACACCGGACGAGAGUGACGACGAGGACACUGUUAAUUUGGAGAUGUCUUUGAAAACCAAAGAAAAGAGAAAAGAAAGAUUAAAGAGAUUACUUCAGGGUAAAUCUAAAAAGGCGAAUACAACGAAUGACACACUCAGUAAACCUGAUGACACAGUGCAACUUAUUGAAAAUAGUGAAAAUCCUGUCACAAAACCCACUGACGAAAAUGCGUCUGAUGAGGUACAGGAAACUGAAACAGUUGAAAGUGAAGAUAAGGCCCAGGCUACGAAAGAUCGUGACAAUAAUUCAGACUUCGGCACUUCACUAAAUGAUAGCAAAGAAAUUGAAUCGGACAUAGACGAACUUCAUCUUCUUGAAAAAUUGCACUCGGAUCAGUUCAAUUCGUCAACGUCAAAUUCUUCAGAUUCAGGAAGUGCCAUACAAUUAUCAGAUACACUCGACUCGAGCAAUGACGACAAUCCUGACCGAGAUGUCAUUAGUAUUGAAGACUCUAGUUACUCAGAAUCAGAAACCCAAAAGCAACCAGACAGCUUAUUUCAAAUAGAUGAAGUUAUGAAGAAUGAAACGGAAGAAUCUAAGCCUGAUAAUAAACUAGAUGACGAAAUGAAAGGCACUGUUGAAAACGAAUUAUCUUUUGCUGGAGUCAGGUCGCGUUACAAGACAAAUUAUACAAACAAUGAACCAGUAGACGUUGUUCUUGCUUCCUCCUCCGAUGACGAACAUAUAAUGAACAGCAAAGAGAGACCUGAGAAUUGUGUAAAUUUAAGUGAUGAUUCUAUUUCUAAUACUGGCUCCGUUAGUGCUGGCGUUACUGAAAACAAAGUAGAACAUGACGAUAUUAACGAAGCUGAUAAUAGUGCAGUGAGUAGUUUUAAUAUUCCGUGCUCUGUUAGCAAUUGUGUAGAAACCGAAAACAUUGAUAUUUCGGAGAAAAUUUGCGACCCAACCCAAGACGACAACCCAAUGAAUUGCGAAACGGAUUUAUCACCUACAAUCGAAAAUGAAAAUAAUCUGACAAGUAUUAAUGCAACUGUCCAAGUUAUUGAGAACAAAGAGAAAGGAAAGGAAGAAAACAAAUUAAGUGAACAUUUAUCUUGUGAACUCGAGCAUCCCAUUGGGUCCAGUACCAAUGAAAAUGAAGUGGUCACAACCUCACAUCACGAUCCAAUCGACUGAGUAGUGAUAAAAUAAAUAGGAAUAGCUUAGUCAGAGAAGUUUAGUUUUUUGGAUGGAACAAAAACCAGAGUAUAGCAGGCUAACAGUUAUUAUGUUAAUCUCAUUAUUGUGUGUAAAAGGGUAUUUUACUGGGGUCGUUUUUCUAAGCCCCGUGUAUUGUAUAUUGAUCAAACAAUAUAAGUGCUAAUAAAGUAUUAAAAAAAAAGUGUUUAAAGUUUUUGUGGCCGAUGAGAGAUAACAUUAUUUUCUUUCCCUGCUAAGCAGGCAGCAGUGUGCCAUAUAGUAAUGAAUGGUGCUUGUAAAACUUGUCGUCACAUAUUAUUUUAUAUUAAAAUUAUAUUUCUUAUUCCUAAGCAUAUUUUUGUGUUUCUUUAUUUGAUCAGAGAAUAUAAAUAUUCUGUUAACUUUCCUUUUCAUUGCAAAAGUAAUGAAAGAUAAAUCAGUAACAUUGUAAUGUGUAAUAUGUGACCUGCCUGCUUAGGGGCAAAUAAUACUGUUGAGCUUUACUUCAUUUUAAUACUCUUUAAUUUGCUAUUAGCUAUGUGAUGGAAUUUUUCAACUUCAGAUUUCCGAUUAGUUUGAAAAUCUGCACACGUAUCUAGAACCGAUGUCAAUUCACUUAUUUAAUAUUACUUUGUCCAAAUGUGCUGACCACCAUUCUCCAGAACACUUUUAUUUACUUUGGCUCGCUCGAUCUAAGCGUGUUUUUUUGUAAAUCAUUUAUUUAUUGUUCAUUUACAUUUAAAUUUAUAAAGGGUAUUUAAAAUUGAAAAUAAUGAU